GCGCAUUUAAGAUGAUCCAAUAGCGCCAGAAUUUUUUAAACAAUUUAUACAGUUAUAUUUGCUAACAUAUACUGUUAUCAUUUUUUAUACCAUUAUGCAAGCAAUCAGUAUAGUCCUUUUCCAUAUCAGAUAUUUUCAACAGCAACAACCAUAAAUAUAAACACCACCUUCACUGAUAUUCUUUCAUGUAUAUUCACGCAGAAAUAUGUAUAUUUAAAGAUACUUGUAGAAACACAUGCAACUCGUGUGACCAUUAAAAAAUGUGAAAAACACGCGCCGCUGUAAUCUCAGAAUUACCCAAAACACGCGCCAACUUUUCAUUUUCCAAAAAUAAGAAAUAAUUUUAUUAAUAGAUUUACAAUUUCAUGCGUGCAAUUACCAAAAGAUACGCACACCGAUAACGCGUCUUGGUCAAGAUAAGACGCCGCGCUGUGACUAUAAAAGCGAUGGUCUCAGAGCUUUCAGCACAGUUGUACCCGUAUACCAUCAACAGUUACCACACGAACUUGAUAACACAGUUAGAAAAAAUGUUCAAGUAUUUCGCUUUUCUGACCAUUUGCGUCACUUUGGUCUCCGCCAAUUUUGUGAGCGUGCCCAUCUACAAGAACCCCAACUAUAACAGAACCAGCGCAUCUGUUAAGGCGGAGGCGGCCUAUUUGCGCAGCAAAUACAAUAUACCCGGAUCACGCAGCGUCACCGUGGAAUUGGAGAAUGAAUACAACUUUUCUUACUAUGGCAAGAUCACCAUCGGUACACCGGCGCAAGACUUCUUGGUACUCUUCGAUACCGGCUCAUCCAACUUGUGGGUGCCAUCAUCCUCCUGCUCCAGCAGCGAUGAAGCUUGCCAAAAUCACAACAAAUACACCUCGAGUGCCUCCAGCACCUAUGUGAAAAACGGUAGAAGAUUCUCCAUCGAAUACGGUUCCGGCAGUUUGUCCGGUUUUUUAUCGGAGGAUACCGUCAGUGUAGGUGGACUCAGUAUACAGAACCAAGUAUUCGCUGAAGCUACAGCAGAACCUGGUGACACCUUCGUUGACUCUCCUUUCGAUGGUAUUAUGGGUAUGGCCUUCCAGUCGCUUGCCGUUGACAGUGUCGUGCCACCUUUCUACAACCUGUAUUCUCAGGGUUUGGUCAGUGAGAACCUAUUCUCCUUCUAUUUGGCACGCGCUGGUUCCUCCUCUGAAGGUGGUCAAAUGAUUUUGGGUGGUUCGGAUUCCAGCCUCUACCAAGGUAGUCUCACCUAUGUGGCCUUAUCCGAUGAAAGUUACUGGCAAUUCAGUUUGGGUGGCGCUAGCAUGAACGGACAGGUCUUGUGCAGUUCCGGUUGCCAAGCUAUAGCUGAUACUGGCACCUCACUCCUUGUCGCACCAUACAGUGCCUACAACGCAUUCAUGAACAUUGUGGAUCCCGAUGGUGAUAGCUCCAUUGACUGCUCGUCGGUGAGCAGCUUGCCUGAUAUUGACUUUGUCAUUGGUGGUAAAACUUUCUCUGUUCCUGCUUCACAAUACAUUCUCAACGAAGACGAUCAAUGCUCAUCUGCCGUCAGCUACAUUGGUACUGACUUCUGGAUCUUGGGUGAUAUCUUCAUUGGCAUGUACUACACCGAAUUCGAUAUGGGCAAUAGCCGCAUCGGUUUCGCUCCAGUCGCUUAAGUUAAAUUUCUGUUUAUUUACCAUUAAAUGAUGGCUUUUAAAUAAAAAUAUGGUUAAAGUACA